UAAAUAAGAGGGGCCUUUGACCAUGGCUCAGGACCAGUCUGUCUUGGGACUUCAGCUUCUCUUCUCCUUUCUUUCCGCUCGUCCACCUCGUGCUCUCCAACAUGACCGAGUUCACACCGGACCAGAUUGAGGACUUCAAGGAGGCUUUUGGUCUCUUUGACAGAGUUGGUGACAGCCAGGUGGCCUUCAACCAGGUGGCCGACAUCAUGCGCGCUCUGGGCCAGAACCCCACCAACAAGGACGUCGUAAAAAUCCUGGGCAACCCAAGCGCCGACGACAUGGCCAACAAGAGGCUCAACUUUGACGCCUUCCUGCCCAUGCUGAAGGAGGUCGACGCUAUUCCCAAGGGUACCUACGACGACUACGUUGAGGGUCUGCGCGUCUUCGACAAGGAGGGCAACGGCACAGUCAUGGGCGCUGAGCUGCGAAUUGUGCUGUCCACUUUGGGAGAGAAGAUGACUGAGCCUGAGAUCGAUGCCCUCAUGGCCGGCCAGGAGGACGAGAACGGCAGUGUGCACUAUGAGGCUUUCGUCAAGCACAUCAUGUCUGUGUAAGAGGCCGGCAUCAGGAGUGCUGGUGAAGCUGUAGCUUGCCUACAGACAGCCCAACGGUGUUUAGAACAUCUACACUGUUUGAAAGACCAACCAAGGAAAGACAAGGACUUUGUACAAGGGAUGUUGAAGCAAACCCAUCUUGUUGUUUGUUUUGUUCUCCUUCCCUCUUCGUGUCAAACCUUCCUCUCUCAAGGACGCCGCCUCUCCGCCGCAGACCCCCUUUCACUCGGCCUCUACUCUCCUCCCCGCCACACUGGGGCGUGUCUCCACUCAUCGCAUGGGGUGAGGAACGGGGGAAAAGGGGUGACCGCUCAUUAAGUGAGGGUAAAUCCCUCCCUUCCCACCGCCACCUCAUUCAGUCCCGCUAUCACUGAACCCAGCAAUGCCAAAGGUGCUGGAGGACGGUGGUGGAUAGACCGCCAUAAGUAACCCCCUAACCCCCUGAAAAGUUGUAUUUAUUUUCAUUCUGCUCAUUUCAGAAUAAACUUUUCCAACGUACAUCCCA